GCACGCGGGUUGUGUACUAAAACGGGUACGCAGAGGCGGGAGUAGUAUCUCGUGCUUGUCCCUGCGCCAGUCCGUCUCCUGCCUUCUCCAAUCUCCUGCGCUGUCGUCGGUCGUCCCGGUCGUUAGAUUUGAUUGAUGGAUGAGAGGAGCUGAUGAGAGGAGGUAAGCAGAGGAGAGAAUCGAGAGGGCGGUGGAGGGGGAUCGCGGCGUGGUUGGGCGCUGCACUAAAGAGCUUCUCGUUGGGGGGGUUCGCUGCUAUAUAAGUUGGAUAAGUCGGAUUAUCCGAGGACGCAUUUGGCUGCUUCUCUGCGCCCUGUCUUCUUCGAUACGUAAACACAGAGAGAGAGAGAGAGAGAGAGAGAGAGAGAGAGAGAGUCACCGUCACCCUGUGUGGUAGUUGGUUCGUGGGGAGAGACAGUGAGAGAGAGCACGAGCAUUGGCCGUGCGUGAUCGACGGACAGAAUCGCCAUCGCUCAGUUGUGUGUGUGUGUGGGAGAAACAGAGAGAGAGAGAGAGAGAGAGAGAGAGAGAGAGAGAGAGAGACGAACAGAAUCAGCAUCACUCUGUGUGGUUGUUGGUUGGUCGGGGGAGAUAGUGAGUGACAGAGAGCACGAGCAUUGGCCGUGCGUGAUCGACGGACAGAAUAGCCAUCGCUCAGUUGUGUUUGUGUUUGUGUGUGUGUGUGUGUGUGUGUGUGUGUGUGUGUGUGAGAGAGAGAGAGAGAGAGAGAGAGAGAGAGAGAGAGAGAGAGAGAGAGAGAGAGAGGUCUCCUGGCUGCGUCUGGCCUUAAGAAAGGUCUGUGAGGGGAGGGUUGGAAAAAGAAGAAGAGGCGGGUAUGCUUUGCGUGCGUGUGAAGGGCUUCAAUCUACCGGUUUCUCUGUCACGCUGGUCAUCUCUGGUUUCUCUCUCAGCAUACGUGGCAAUCAGUCAGGUCAAGAGUCUCUAUUAUACACAAACACACUAUCUUUAUACAGUCCAUCUACUCUGUAUAUCGGUCAUCCUCCGCCAUCCCUUUCCGUUUCUGGCCGUGAUUGCGAUCAGGUUCAUCUUGUCAAAAAGCAUUCUGUCGUCGGUUCUUCCCAUUGCAUCAGGCGCCGAUCAUUCCUACGUUGGGCUUCAUCUGCUGUUAUUCAGUCUUCUCUCCUUAAGUCCAAAAUUUUAACGCGCAGGUGAAGCAGAGCAGGGACGGGAGGAGGAGGACGAAGAGCAGGAAGAGGAUUAAAUUAAGGUUGACCAAAGUCACUCCUAUUUGUGACAGCCCCUCGUUUGUUGUCCUCUUCUCCCUCUCUGCCUACGGUUUACCGGGUAGUUCUGUUUGACGAUAUAUAUACUGGUGAUUAGUGAUCGACCUCUUCUGUUGCUGAUUGACUGAUUGAUUGAUUGAUUGUUCUCGAAAUCGAUCGAUCGCGGGAUUUUGUACACGUGUCGUGAUGGGGAUGCGUCCGGCUCCUGUUCUGACGCUUCGGGCGUCUGAGUGCCCUAUGUUAAACGUGCCGCCCGCCGUGAUUGAUGUGUUCGAUGCCAUGCGCGCCGCUUCUCCGCCUCGUUCCGCCGAGCUGGAGGGUUGCGGCGCGGAUCUCUACGGAGAAGAAGCCAUGGCGGCGCAAUACCGCGCGUGGAAGACGAAGCAUCCGUCGGCAUUGGAAAGUUUUGACAAAUUUGCCCGCGCGGCUGAGGGCAAGCAAGUGGCUGUGUUCCUCGACUACGAUGGCACUCUGUCUCCUAUUGUCGCAGAUCCCGACAGGGCGUUCAUGUCGGACGGGAUGCGCGAGGCGGUGAAGAGCGUCGCGGCGCUCUUCCCCACUGCUAUCAUUAGUGGGAGAGGGAGGGAGAAGGUGUACGAUUUCGUUCAGCUGGCUGAGCUUUAUUACGCCGGCAGCCAUGGUCUUGACAUCAUGGGCCCGCCUCCGCGCGAUUCGCUUCCGCAGCGUCUGCGAUCGUCGGCGGCGGAGAAGCAUGCGGAGAAGUCGGCGGAGGCGCGGAGCUCCGGCAGGCCGACCCCCCGCGGCUACGAUGGCGGAAAGCAAGCCGGGUGCUGGAAGACAGAGGAGGAAGUGUGGGAGGAGGAGGAGGAGAAGAAGAGGCAGCAGAUGGAAGAGCGAGUGUACCUCCAGCCGGCGAAAGAAUUCGUCCCGAUCAUCGACGAAGUUUCCACGAAGAUUCGUGACCGCGCUGCUUCUAUUCCUGGCACCAGCGUCGAGAACAACAAGUUCUGUGUAUCGGUCCACUUCCGCCGAGUGGAUGAACAGAAGUGGGAGAGGUUGGCCAAGAUCGUCAAAGACGUGGUGCAGGAUUACCCUGGUCUGCGACUCUCUCACGGCAGGAAGGUGCUGGAGAUUCGUCCGGAGCUGGCGUGGGACAAGGGGAAGGCGGUGGCCUAUCUCUUGGAUGCGCUAGGUUUGGACGACGUUGUGCCACUGUACAUCGGCGAUGAUCGUACGGACGAAGACGCGUUCGAUGUUCUCAAUGAGAGAGGCAAUGGCUAUGGCAUACUCGUGUCCAGCGUGGCCAAGAGCACACGUGCUGUCUUCUCUCUUCAGGAUACAUCAGAAGUGAACGAUUUCCUCCGGCGAUUGGUGGAGUGGAAGCAACAGCAGAAGGAGCCGAAGGUAUAUGACCGGCAUAGCGGCUGCAAUCGUGCGAAUGGAACGACGGGGAAAUUGUCGACGACGAUGAGGUCUUCGUCUGCAAUCCAUUCAUCAGCCUUGUGACGAAGGCGAUGGCAAUGGCUAUGGCGUUGUGAUCGAGAGAGAGAGAGAGAAAGAGAGACUUGGUAAGCGUGUAUGAGCGACAACAGCUCCGACUUGAGCGAGAAACGAUGACAAGAGAAAGGGCACGCACGUUAUUCUAGUCGUAUAUUGUGAGAAGCCUGAACAGAACAACCGAGGACAAGCAGGAGAAGGACGAGGAGGACGAUGAGCAGGGGGAGGAGAAGAGAUGUCCCUCUCUGUUAUGCAAAGGAAGGGGGGGCUUUGUGGCAUGUCCGGUUAUGUCGGAAGAUGACUGCUACUGCCGCUGCGCUGCGCGCCGAUGAAUCCAGUCGGCGAGAGGCAGAGGCCGUAGUAAAGUUUCGUGCCCGCGAAGCUUUCGUUCGUGGCAUGUAGCGUUGUAAGAGGACUGCUACUGCCGCUCCGCUGCGCUGCGCGCUGAUGAAUCCAGUUGGCGAGAGGCAAAGGCAGUAGUAAGAUGUGAGGAUGACGUAGAGCUCUUCUGUCGGAGGAGGUUGAAGACAUAUGCGUCAUUAUCAUCGAAUAUAUAUAUAUAUAUAUAUAUAAAUAUGAUGGAAGGAGGAAAAUAGGAAGACAGCUAGAGUGGGCAGCAGAGCAGGAGAGAAAACAAUUUUGGUCGAAAAUUCUUUUGGUACUUGUGUGCGUGAGAAAGAGAGAAAGAGAGAAGAGGGAAAGAGAGAAGAGGUAAGACACGGCGGCGAGGUGAUAUUGCUAGCGGCUGUUCUGUGUAUUGCAGAGGGCCCAGCGAGGAGAAAACGAUUAGCGAGAUUGUGACUGCUUGACCAGAAGUGAAGGGAAUUCUUUCUAGUGAGUCUCUUUCUAGUGAAUUCUCUUUCAAGUGAAUUCUCUUUCUAGUGAAUUCUUUCUUUCGAGUUCUUUCUUUCAUGAGAGGAACCGUAGUACUGUCAAGAGAGAAUUGCGGAAGAGAUGAGAGAGAGGGAGAGGAGAGAAUAGCAUGGAGAGAAGUCUGUAGCAGAUCAAGGCGAAACACGAACAGAUUCAAACAGUUUCUCGUUCGCUACACUACUUUCGAGAGCAGAUGCCAGGACUAGGAAGCCGAGGAGGACAAGCGAAAUGGCCAAGAGCAGGAGGUGAGCAUUUGUGUGUGUGUGUGAGAGAGAGAGAGAGAGUGUGUGUGUGUGUGUGUGUGAGAGAGAGAGAGAGAGAGAGAGGUCGCGAUGCUGGAGGUACUGACGAAUAUUUUUCAGUAAACACGCUGAAAAACUGCAAUCGACAAUGCUCGCGAUACACAGAGAGAGAGAGAGAGAGAGAGAGAGAGAGAGAGAGAGAGACAUCGGAUCAAGCCGUGCUCGAGCAUAUAUGAUGGAGAGGAGAGAGAGAGAGAGAGAGAGAGAGGAACCGUGGAGAAGUUGUUCUGGGUUUUGUACAAAGGAGAGGAAACGAAGAGUGUGUGUGGAAAGGGUCGCUGUCUCUCGUAUUCCAGCUGGCGGGUGCCAGAUUCAUUGAAUUUACCGUGUUGACUACGGGCUACGAGAAGCGCGGUUGAUGUAUAUAAAGUGUUGAGAAAGUGUGACAGCAGCAUACUAGAAAGAGGAGAGGAGCAGCGCUCGACGACGGCAUGGAGAAGACGGAUUAUCUGCGUGGUGUGACAUUCCACGACGUUCUCGCCCCACCUGGUGACCUGCUGAUCGUCCUCCCAAGAGCUGUCUCUGAGCGACCACUGUGCGAGCUUGCCGCUGAGCGGAGGGAGAAAAGGGAGAACGAGAAAGUGACAACGUUGUGUGCAUGGCGUUUCUGAGGGAGGAGGUUGCGCAGCCUCAAACACGAUGGUCCAUAUCCCGAUUCCCGAUUGCGACUGAGAAGGGGGGUUUGUAUAGUGUUGUGACAUAUCGGGUUGAGGAGGGAAUGCUCGUUGGUCGGGAUAGGGAUUGGAUUUCCAUUUGCGAAGGCGCACGUUUGCGCCCCCUUCUUCUUUCUGAACCCAACCCACUUUUAUGAAUACAUUCCUUCCCACCUCCCCCUCCACCAACCCCCCACCCCCCGCCCACCUCCCCACCUCCCCACCUCCCAGCCAACCAUUAAAGUCCGUUUUGCUUGGGAUCUGUAGUUUUCCCAUGGGCCAAAGAGCGUCCUUCCCCCUCAUUUUUAGGGUGGUGGACCUUUGUUAGAGAGAGAGAGAGAGAGAGAGAGAGAGAGAGAGAGAGAGAGAGAGAGAUGUGUGUGGAUAGAGCAUGUAGUUGUUUCCAGUGAGAGGGAGAGACGGAGACAGAGAGAGCGAGAGAGAAUGCGAGAGAGGGAAGAAGGAUUCUCUCGUCUCUUUUCUCCCUUUUCUCUCUGUCUUCUUCUUUUCUCGGUGCAAAAGACGAGGAGCCUCAGGAUCAUCACCCCCACGACUCCGUGAGAAUUCUUUACGAGAGUUGUUUGCCGAUAACUUUUUCGGGAUCCUUUCUCGAUUUUCUUUCGAGAAUUUUUCGAGAAUAUUUUUCGAGAAACCAGCAGCAGUAGUUGGAUUCACAAGGGUGACACCGACAACAUGUGCUUCUCGGUGAAAAAAAAAAAAAAAAAAAGGAGUCCGAGCUCGUGAGAAUUUCGGUAGAUCAGAGAGAGAGAGAGAGAGAGAGAGAGAGAGGAACUGUACAAUCUGUCGUCGAUAGAGAGCGUGGGCUGGCCACGCGGGAUUAGCUAUAGCAGCUGAGUGUGCGCAUUUUAAUUUUUUUUUUUUCAUUUUCUAUCACGUACAUACGUGCAAUUUUUUUUUUCCUUCACGAAUAAAAAUCAGACUGGCCGUAGGGCCAAAUUCGACAUUAUUUUCCAGGGAAAACAAAAGUGCGACUUAGAG